UAUUCUCCCAAACCAUUCUAAACCUAAAGAAAAUGAACUUGAGGUUUAGUUCUCUUAUUGUUGUACUGUACCUGUCCUAUGUACAAGGGUACGCGAAUAGUACAGAUAAUUGUAUUGAUAUAUCAACAUAUCUUGAUGUAGAAACUAACUCAACAGAAUUAGAAAUGUGCAACUACAGUGUUGAGAGGAACUGUGAAGAGAUGACUAAGAAUGUAUGUACAAAGGUUCCUGAGAUUACAUGUACACUAGUUCCUGUCCCAAACUGUAGAAAUAUCGAUCAGAAGGUUAAAGCUCACAACGACUACACAGAACAAACGGUGCUGGAGGUACAGAGCUGUGUUGAAGAUGGUGUACAGGUUCUACUUGAGGUAGAUCAACAGCCAACAUGUGAAAAUGUUACGACUCAGCAAUGUGACUCUAAAUGGAUAACCCUGCCUACCGGAGAAAAGGUCUGGGGUGGUAAUGAGAACUGUGAAGAUGUAACCAAGGAGGUCUGCACCCUUGAGGAUGUAUUUACUGAACAUGAAUAUCCUAGUAUAACCUGUACCCCUGGAGAACUCCUGCAGUACUAUAAACCCCAUCUAGUGGAAGAAACUGUAACACUACGCCAGACUAAGUGUACUCCAGCAGCCGGCAGGGUGUGUCGCACAACACUACGCGAGGAGUGUAUUGAUGUUACUUUUGAAGAAUGUACUGAAACCUUAGUUCCUAGCUGUGUAGGGGGACAGUUUGAUAUUCCAUACCAACCAUUCGACCAUAGGCUUAAGUGUAUAUUUGACGAAUAAGCAAAUUUUAUUAUUCAGUUGGUUUUAAUCCAACUUUACCUCAUUGUUCUCUAAGAAACAUAGAAAUUGUAAAUUAUACUAAAAUUUAAAUAUUGAUGCUUCUUAAAAUUGUUCAAUAAAGUUUUAAAAAUGCGAA